AUGGACUCUGUUGAUGGGGAAACUGUAGAAUUAUUCGCAACUCUCUCGAAAGCUGAGCCAUGGAGGCUACAGCGUCAGUAUUUCCCGAGUAAAUUUGGGGGAUUACCUGCAUGGCUCGACCCAGUUCAUCUUCCAAAGGAAUCUGAGCUGAAAUGUGAGAAAUGUGGGAGUAUAAUGACAUUUUUUCUCCAAAUUUACGCUCCUGAUGAUCUGUGUGAGGAAAACGACUCAUUUCACAGGACAAUUUAUCUGUUUGUUUGCCAGCCUUGCGGAAAUCAGUGGAAGGCUUUCAGAUCACAGUUGGCUCGAAAGAACGAGUUUUACGACUUUCACCCAUCAGAGGAUAACAUUAUGUUCCCAGAUACUGAAAUGGCUAGAAGAUGCUGUUUAGCUUGCGGGCUACCUAGUGACAAUCCCUCAAAAGAACCAAUUCACAUAAAUAAUUCCAAAAUUCAACUGGUUGACACACAAGAUGUGAGAGAGUUACAUGAUCGUUGUAAAAUAGCAGUAAAACACCAAACGGUUUCUUGUACCUUUGAUGAGUGGAUUCUUAACAUUUGUGAAGGCGAGAUUCCCAUAUCAGAUAAUUAUUUAUCGCAUGAAAAGGAGCUUUAUAACAGAUAUUUGAAAGAAAAGAAACUAAAUGGAGAGAUAAUGGACGAGAGUGAGGAACAGGUAUUUGAAUCGAUUCAGGAAGAAAACAUGUAUAAGGACGAGUCAUUUCUAAAGUUUUCAAAAAAGACAACCCCGAAUGAAGUUUUAUACUACUCAAGAGAAGGAGAACCACUUUGGAUAAGUGACAAAACUCCGAGACCAGUAAUUAUCCAAAGCAACCAAUCAUCCAAAAAAGCUAUUGAUGAAGUAUCCAACGAAAAUUCAUGUGCGGGAAAUGAUUUAAAUGUAGUAAAUUUAUGUGAAAACUGCGGAAGUGACCGAUCGUUCGAAUUUCAAGUGUUGCCCCAAUUACUCCACUAUAUAAAGUCGGAUAGAAUCGAUUUUGGAAGCUUGUCGGUUUACACAUGUUCAAAAUCAUGUAAAAUAGAAAAUAAAUAUCAGAAGGAAGUAGUAAUUUUGGAAAGGGACUAUUCUUUAGUUCCAAGACCACAGAAUCCUAAAUAA